GUUUUCUCUAGAUAAUUUACCACCUCUCUAGAAUGUUCAUUACACACACAAGGUUGACUUGCUAAAGUAUCACACUCGAGUGCUUCACUAGCAGACCAAAAUUGCUGCCCGUCUUCAUUCAUAGAUCAGCUAAAGUAUUAUUCGGAAAUGGUGAAGCGUGUGAUUGAUCCUGUGAAGGAUAAAGCCCCUUCCCGUUCCAAAGAUGAACAUGUGAAUAAACGUGCUAAAGGAAGCACUACUAGAAAGGUACACACACCCUCUCCAUUCAAUCGAACCGAGGCAGGCAAGCUCAUGACCUUCGGUAUGGGUGAUAACAAUCAGUUGGGUUAUCCCACCAAUGCCGGCGGCCGUAAGAAACCCUACAUUAUACCCACAACGGCCGACAUAGACUUCGUACAAGUGGAGUGUGGCGGCAUGCACACCGCUGCGUUGUCUUCGGAAGGAAAAGUAUACACGUGGGGAGUGAAUGACGAGGGUGCUUUGGGCCGCAAAGGACCCGAGGCUGUGCCUAUUUUGGUUGAAGGGGAACUAGCGGAGAAGACUGUUGUGCAGGUGUCUUGUGGUGACUCGCACACGGCCUUUCUAUGCAGUGACGGCUCUGUGUACCACUGUGGAAUAUUCCGCGCGAAGGAUGGCAAAUUUGGCUUACAAUACGACAACCCAGAUAAGAAGUCCGUGCCUCUUCCCGUACAGGUCACGCUUGUGCCCGGCAGGCACGACUCCAAGCCCUAUGUGAUCAAGAUAGUGUCAGGUGCCGACCACGUAGUAGCGUUGACUGACAGUGGGGAUGUGUACACAUGGGGAUGUCCUGAGCAAGGCAGGCUGGGCCGGUCUUUCAAAUUGGGAGAUGUGGACGAUAUGCGCUUCAGCAGUCUUAUCAGGGAGAGCUGUAAAGGGGUUAAGGUAUUCAGUCUCAAGGAUUUAACCAUGGACGGUUUUACAUAUAAGGUCGUCAACAUUGCAGCGGGGGCUUACCACAGUUUUGCUCAGCUUGAAAGCACGUACGACAAAACAGACACCAAACUCUUUGCCUGGGGAGCCAAUAACAAGGGCCAAUCCGGUCUAGGAAAUGAUCAAAUCAAAGACGUCGACGCGGAAGGUGGUACGGACCGCUACAGACCCGUUGAGGUUACUCUGUGCCCGUUGCCUGUGACUAUGCUGGCUGCGGGUAACGCCUUCUCCAUUGCGCUGGUCCAGAAGUCUGUGUAUGCCACAGGCAAGGGAGAGGAUGGUGUGCUCGGGAACAACUCCGAGAGUCACUCCAUGGGCGACGACGGAGUGAACACGUGGGUAAGCACGCACGUGCCCACACAUGUGACGCCUAAGGAGAUCUCUUGUGGGACUGAAGUGUCGUAUAUACUCACCACAGACGGUGAUGUGUAUGCCUGGGGCUUCGGAGAGAAUUUACAGCUUGGCAAUGCUGAGAAAGUUGAUGAACCCACCGAUUCCCUGUUGGUGCCUACACUCUUGGACGGCCAUCAAUUAACAAACAGAAAGGUGCUUCAAAUUAGCGCUGGAGGACAGCACACGGCCCUUAUUGCCAAAGGACCUGGACCACCCCCCAGAGAUGCACCCGCGGCCACAAAGGCGAAGUGAAGCUUAAAUCGCAGUGUAUAAAGCAUGUUCGUCAUAACCUUCUCGUGUGUUUUAUUGGUAUUCCGGAUACUGAACCGCUAUACAACGAAGACCAGCUGUUCCCCACACGCUUAGUAAAAUGGGUCGCACAGAGUGCACAACCUGCUCAAUGAUUGUAUGAAUGGUUGCCUUGGAUUCAAUUACUAUAUUAGCGACAUAAUGACCAUAUGGGAUUAUUCCAUGUGGGAUAUUGCAUAUUGUCGCCAUCAAGUAUAUACAUCGCUGGUUUUAAAGAUGGGUUUGCAAUGUCGUUGUGUUCUACUGAGCUGAAUUAGUACUGCGUCAGUCGCCAAUGUCAUAGCGUAAUAUGUCACGAAGUUUUUUAUGCUGACAAUAUUGAUUGAUGAUCUAAAUCAUAAGUGUCUUAUAGAGACCAGUUCCAAGGGCAUGCUUCGUCGGCCGGUAUCCGUGUCAUACCUAUACAUUCAUCCGACGCGAUAGGGCUAAUAAGUCGGGCGCAUCGAGGGCACCAAGUCCUAAUGAAUAAUUAAUAGAUAUUCUGAAUAAUGAGAGUGCCAAUCAGUCGCAUGUAGUUGGUUGAUUUUAAGAAUAGAAGCUCGAUCAUUUUCGAGCACACGGCCGCCAACAACUGUGCAUUCACAAAGCAGAAAAUAGAUUAAUAUAAACAGCUCCCAUUAAUUGUGUUAAGCUCUUAUUUAAUCUUAUACUUGGGUGUAUGCCUUCGAACCCUAAGCACGGGUCAAUGAAUGUUGUCAAACCAAUCGCUCGAUAGCACUGCAAUAAUAAUAAAAACUAUAUGUGAAAUAAUUCAAGUUUGAUGUGCACAAUAGUGCCUAUUUACUACGUUCCUAAUAAUUAAGUGUCUUUUUCCAGCGCAAGGAGGGGGUAUGUAGUCGUGCGUACUCUAGACUGGUUGCUUCCGUAUGUUCCAGUAAUAUUCUGGGACGUUCCAUGGAUGUGCGCUCCUCUUGAAGUUCUUGUACUUGUCCUCGUAUUGCGUUGAUCUUAGAUAGUGGGGUAUUAACUGGGUAACACCAGCAGUCAAUUACUAAAUAUAUUCUAUUUGAUUUAAAAGCUUCUUCAGGUGUACAAAGAAGUGUUGUUAACGCUUUCGGGGUGCACCUCCAUCUCGCCGUUCUUGUACUCAUCCAUCUCGUGCGCAAUAUGGAUCAUGGUAGAUAUACUUAACCUACUAAUUGGGUUCUUACGAUCGUACACUGUGGGUGAAAAUGCCUCGUACUCAAUCGGUGGGUGUUCGCUGAACUUUACACGAAGUGCAAACUGUGUGACCUCGUCAGGCAUCAUAUUGUCAAGCAUAUUCUUCUCAAUACUUUGAAAAUCGUAAAUGUUUGUUGAUUUCAUCCUGGAGCUUCACAUGUCUUUGUCGUCUCGUAUAUAUACAUAUCGUUGAUCACCGACUCACAAUUCGAGGGUUUGAGUUUUGAGCACCUGUCAUCG